AACAGUUCACUGUUUAGUUGAGUGCCAAAAACAUACCAACGGGGGAUAUACUGUGUAUGUUCGGUCUACGGAUAGCAAAGCUCCCCUUUUUCGUAGUCUUUAGUUAUCAUCUGUAAUCAGUGCAUAGGGCUGUGAUAUUAUUGUUUCUACUCGUGUUAUUUAAGAAGAGUAUUUACACAACAAAUACGUCACACAGCUACUCUUACGUUGUGCGGGAUAUUUUUAUUUCUUUAGAGAAGUUUAAUUUAUAUUUUCAUCUACGAUUUCAUCUUAUUUAUCUUCUACACAAUGGCAACCACUAUUCAGCAGAAGGACACGACUUAUACCAAGAUCUUUGUCGGUGGACUGCCGUAUCACACUACGGAUACCUCACUGAGGGAAUUCUUUGAUAAGUUUGGUGACAUUGAGGAGGCGGUGGUCAUCACUGAUCGACAGACGGGCAAAAGUCGUGGUUAUGGAUUCGUAACAAUGGCCAACAGAGAGGCCGCCGACAGGGCCUGUAAGGACCCCAACCCAAUCAUCGACGGAAGGAAAGCCAACGUUAAUCUAGCUUAUCUGGGUGCAAAACCACGCGGCAUCCAAACAGGAAUCCCCUUAGCCAUCAAAGGGGUACCAGGAAUUCUACCAAGUCAAUACGGAAUACCACAGUAUGUGUACCCGUCAACAGCAUACCUCUCUGCCGCCGCAGCCACGUCGCCGAGUCUCCUUGCGUCGAUGCAACACAGCAGUUUGAGCCCGACAGCGGCCACAACCGCCACUGGGCAAUUCAUUGACUAUAGUGCCUAUGCUUCACAAUUCGCCAAUGGCGCGUACGAGCUCCCCUACACCGCCUCGACGAAUGGGUUUGUGACGCCCGCCGCGGCAUACACCUAUGCCGUGCCGCCGACCAUCGCCGCAGGUGGUCAUGCUAUCCACUACCAGCCACAACAGAUUCAAGAAAGGAUGCAAUAAUGAGAGCUCAUUCAAAGAUAUAUAGAACAAUACUUUUAUUUACUGCUAGGGACAAGAAUGACCAAGGAACUUUUAUCCUUCUCGGUGAUAAAAUAAGGAAAGAGAGAGAGAUUUUCAUUCAAGUACUUGGAUUCGAACUUUGAACGUGUAUUUUGUACACGAUCGAUGUUACAUUGCAUUCACAUUUCUACAAAGACUGUCGAAAUUUGCUGCGCCAUGAAUGGAUUAUUUCAUUUUGAUAAAUGUGAGUGCGCAUGCCCAUUUUAAAUGUUGAUCUCUAUGCAAAGUAACAUUGUAUAUGACUAAACUGCAACGUUAAGUCGUUUGUAAAUGUAUGUAUAUGACUGAAGCAUUGAAAUAUCCCAAUGUGAGUUAUAUAUUGUGUGAAUGGAGAGACUGUGCGAGACGAAAUGUGGUAAAUGGAAGAUGGAAGAAAAGACGUAAAUAUGGUUACAACAUCAGUUUUUGUACAUUCGUAUGCAUAUGAAUAUUAUUUCUAAUUAUCAUUAAUAUUAUUAUUAUUAUCAUUAUUGUCAAAUAUUUGUUCAUACGUUUAGCUUUAAUAAGCUACUUUAUGUUGUCGAUGUUACUAUAAUGUUCAAAUUUUCAUGUUUCAUAUAAUAUAUUUGUUACCAUGGCUACAACGUCCAGCUGCUCAGCCUUGCCGGUUUUCAAGGUCAUAUAAAUUUUCAUUUUUAUCAAUGAAUCACAUGAAAUGUGAUUUAUUCUUGACAAAGGCAUAUAAAGAAAAAAAGUCUGAUGCAUAUUCAUAAUAAGUAAAAUAAAUCGGAUACAUUAUUCAUAAGUAUAAUCCAUAUUCAUGAUGAUAAUGAAUAUUUAAUGAGUCUUCAUGAAUAUGCAACAGUACAAAUCUUGUAAGGGAUUACUGGGUAGUUUUAGACAAAAUAUAUUAUAAACUUUUAGAGACAAAAAAAAAUCAACGGUUUCUCACGUCAUCGUAGCUGUAGGUAUGACGUCACCAUAAUACAUUGUAUAUAUAUAUAUUUCAUGUAUCAUUCAUAAACUUAUAACUGAUAGCAUAUUUAGUGUAUUCAUCAAUAUUCAUAAUAUGUAAUUGUAUUAGUCAUUAAUUAAAUCUAUUGUAAAUUAGAGUAGUAUAUCAGAUUACAGAAAAAAUGAUAAUCCAGUCAAAUGAUCUGUUCAACAUCUUAACCUAAGAUUAAUAAUUGAGACGAUUAUGUGUAACGUCUUCAUCAUAAAACGACAAGAUUAUAAACAUAGAUGGGUUUAAAAGAUCUGUCCGAUGUUUAAAAACAUAAAAAAAAUCAGUUAAGGCGAAAUGUUUAACGUCUUAACACUUGAAGAUCAAUUGAGACGAGUUCAGAGUCUUAAACAUUAAACGGCCAAUCCAUAAAUAAAAGAUGAUCUUUUGAAGAUAUAUGUCCGAUGUUAUAACAUAAGAAAUUAAGUUUAGAUGCCAUUUCAAUGUCUUGACACGUGAAGAUAAAUUAAGACUAGUUUAAUGUCUUAACUAUAAAAACGACCAGAUUGUAAACACAAUACGGUCUUUUAAGAGAUCUGUUCAAUGAAUUAAACAUCAGAAAUUCAGUUAAGAUGAUAUGUGUUAUGUCUAAAUAUAAGACAAUUAUGUUCAACAUCUAAGACUUUGCGAGACGAUGUUUUCAAUAUCAUUAACAUAGGAUCAGUUCAAUGAGUUUAAUAUACCCGAAAAAUCCUAGUUAUCGCGAGACGUUCAGUUAAUUAGCUUAGACAUGAGACCAUCAAUUUAAGAAACCUACUGGAUGCUUCCUAUUUGGGCAAUGUAUUCUGGAAUCCUGAUAUAUACUGUUGUAUUUUUAGUAGAACAGUAGCAGCCUUAGUAAGUGCUAUAUUGAUAUUAUAAGUUUAGAAGCUGAAUACAGUCAUUGAAAAAAUUCAAAUGUCGAAAAUUCAUCACCAUUGUAAUAAAACAUAGUGCAUUUUAUCCUAUUGAAACAAUGGUGACAAAUCUAGUCUUUGUCUCAUAAGCAAAACCGUUUGUUUUCAAACGCUCCAUCCGAGUGUGUUUUACAUACGAGAACUACUGAAUCUUCAUAUCUAGGAAUACUAAUUUAAUGAGACCGUAGACUGUUAUAAUUUGAACGAGCCAGCCUACAAAGUGUCGUAGUGCCUUGGGCUAAUUAAUUAGCUGAGAAUGAACUGUUAUAUCUGAUGGGUCCCGGAAGGAGAUGGUACAUUAUGUUAAUCAAAAGCUUUUUAUACUUAUUUAUUUUUAUUUUAUAACUAAAAUAACACGGAAGACUAUGUCUCAUCAUGACGUCAUUUAGUUUGACAAAAAAAAGCCCCAUAUUUAUUAUGUAUAUACACACUACAGAGCGAAUGGUGAAUAGCGAAGCGUGAUUGGUUCGUUCAAAUUUUUGGAAUUUGUGACGUUGUAAGCUUGUGUAAUGGUUAUGUGAUGUGAUAAUAAGCAACGCUGAGGUGAUAAGCAUGAGUGAUACUGAGAAGUUUAAAUGAGAUGAUGCAGAAAUUGAAAUGCAUUGAUUGGUUGUACAGAUGUCACGUGAUUGUGAUAAAGUUAUAUUUUUAUUUCUAUUUAUUAAGCCUUUUUUGAAUCUCAGUUAAGAUGAAGGAUUGUGAGUUGUAGGGGGUUUCAUCGCUAGCUUAAUACAAUCAACAUUGUCUCAAACCCUGAUCAGUUCCUCGUCCGAACCUCACAUUCACAAUACCGCUUGAUAAGAGAUGUGUUCCCUCCGAGAACAAAGAUCCAUCAAAUCAAAUGCAUAUAUCAGCUCAUCUAUUUAUUAUCAAGACCGGAAGUGACGUGUUUCUCAUACCGAUGGUAAACCCACAAUGCACUUUUAAGAUCCUGCAAUAACGCCUGGUCCUGUUGAAAGUAAAUAUGUAAAUCGUGUCCUGAGUAACUCGAAUUCAUUGAAGCUUGGAAAUCAAUGAUGUGUUAGGAAUCUAGAAAUCUCCGAUUGUUUAUUGGCGCAGUGCAUUGUGGUCCAUCUUCUGUCGAGCUCUCCCUGUAACAUGUGCCCACUGCAUUCCACAAUGUGCCACUAUUAAAAGCUCAGGGGUAACUGUUCCAUUGACAAUGUGUCAGGUACGAUGACGUCACGUCAUUCACAAGCAUAUUCAUCUUUCUUUAAAAAAACCAAAGAUAAAAAAUAUGUUACUUUUGUGAAAGAGGUUAUUUUUAGACAUGUUUAGUAACAUUGAUACAAUAUCAUUGUAAAGAUUGUGUAAUUCGAAGUUUUUCUUUUCCAAGCAACGGUUCAUUUUCUUUAGAAUAGACAGGACUUUUACUGGUAAAGGCACACAAUUCAACGUCAUGUUACGGGCAUUGCUUCACCACAGAAGAGAAACACCUCAAUUCCUUUCUGAAUGGAAUCAUUCGAUUUCGUAGCGCAAAUUCGCAUAUACGACAUUUACCGAAAGCUAUUCGACAUUUUUCGUAGAAUACGAUUUUUGCCGAAUGCUUUAAUUUAACAUGACUCCACCAAGAUACAUUUGUUGGUCUACACUAUUUAUUGUAGCCUCUGCUUUGAGAAGCCAUCACAUGUAUGUAAAAAGCAGGGGCAGAAUAUUUGUUAUUAUAUUAUUUAUUACCAAGCUAUCGUUAUUGUAUAUAGCGAAUUAAUAUGCAAAUCUGAUCACGUGACUAAUUUACAUAUUUUGUUUAACUAUUGAUCGAUGUACUUCGGUAAUGUUUUAAUGAAGUAUUUCACUGUUAUUUGUAGGAAGAAAUUCAAGUAGAAUUCUAACGGCAUCGAGUAGUUUAUUGUAGUUUUUUACAUUCAUUAUUGUCCUCUGUAUAAAUUAGAUAAGUAGCGUUAUUAUCAAAAUAGCCGCUGUAACAAUGUCCAAAAUGUUUUAGUUAAGUCACGUGAUCAGAUGUGCAGAUAUAUCAUAUAUAUGUAAAUUUUGUUAAUCCAUAGAUGCAUCAUUGAUUAAGAUUGUAUGUAAAUUAAAAUUAAAAUUUAAAUGUGAAUGGCUAACUUAUAAAAAAACAGAACUAAUUACAUUGCGAAUCAUUUGACGAUCAAAUCUCGUCAUGCCACGUAAAUUCUCGCUUAGUUAUCAACAUUACUUAAAGUAUUUAGUGAAAUCAGUACUAUACUUGAGCCGGGCGAAAGACCCGUAUGUAAGCAUAAUUUACUGUUAACGAUCAGACCAUUUAUUAUGUUUAAAUUUACCUAUGUUAAAAUCAUGGAAAUAAAAAUGUAAAAUGUA